AUGUCGUCCCUCGAGGCGAAACUGGACAAGAUCCGGUCCCCGAAUCUGCAGAACCAGAAACAGGUAGCCAUAGUCCUCACAGCCCUCGAAUCCACCCUCACCUCCACCUCCACCCCCUUCACCCCCACCACCUACCUCGCCUCCCUCCUCUCCCUCCUCCCCACCACCACCACCAACCCCUCCCUCGCCGCCCCCACCAUCUACCUCCUCGACCUCAUCACCCCCUACGCGCCCCCCGCCCUCCUACGCGCCCGCUUCUCGCAGAUCCUCACCCACCUCGUCCCCCCACUCUCGCACCCCACCGCCGACGCCCCCCUCCUCCGCAGCUCCAUCGGCGUCCUCGACGCCCUCCUCACCGCCCAGGACUCCUCCGCAUGGGCGAUCCCACAGCGCGAGAUAGGGCCCAGGAGGGCACUGGCCGGCCUCCUCACCCUCGCCAUGGACGAGCGGCCCAAGGUCCGAAAGCGCGCGCAGGAGGCCGUCACACACAUCCUGCAGCACCCGCCGGCCAGCCCGGCAACAGAGCAUCCGGCCGCCGACAUGUGUGCGGCCACGGCGCUCACCACACUCACCGCGCUCUCUGCCGCGCACACCGGCGGCGACAACAACAACAACAACAAGAAGGGGGCGGCGGCAGACCCGCGCAUGAUGCACGCGCUGCAGCUGCUGCGCGCCGUCGUCGGCGGCGGCAGCGGCGGGUUCCCGUGCCGCCGCAUCGACGCGCUGGCGGCCGCGCUGCUGGCCAUUGCGCGGAGCAGCAACGAGUAUCUUGUGGCCGCGGCGCUGGGGGUGUUUGAGGAGUGCUUUGCGGGGCUGGGGGCCGACGAGGUGUAUCACGCGAAGCUGCCCGGCGUGCUGGAGGCCAUCAUGGAGCUGCGGCCGGGCGUGGGGGACGCGGGGGUUGCGCCGGCGUGGCUGGCGGUCGUGGCGCGCGGGUGGGAGGUGUUUGCCGCUGUGGACGAGGACAAGGCGUUUGCGGGGCUGCCGGCGCUGUGGGGGGUUGUGGCGGCGUAUCUGCAGGGCGCGGCCAGGGACGUGAGGGUGUCGGCGGCGCAGUGCCUGGUUGCGCUGGCGACGACGGCGAUCCCGGACCGGGCGCUGCUGGAUGUGACGCGGAGCACGGAGGGCGUGUUGGCGAAGGUGGCGGCGGGCACGAACGAGCUGCUGAGUGUGCGGUUCCAGGGCGCGUGGGCGGAGGUGUUUGAGGUGCUCGUGGCGCUGCUCGAUAAGCUGCUGUGGCGCGCGAGCCCGCUGCUGAAUGACGCCGUGAAGACGAUCGGGGAGCUGCGCGCGAACGAGGGCUUCCAGGGGAAGAAGGAGGCCGACGAGGUGCUCGGCCAUGCGGUGCGCGCGAUGGGGCCGGACGCCGUGCUGGCGCUGCUGCCGCUGAAUCUUGUGGCGCCGAAGCCGGGUGCGCCGGGGCGGGCGUGGAUGCUGCCGGUGCUGAGGGAGUAUGUGGGCAACACGCGGCUGGGGCACUUCAGGGAGGUGUUUGUGCCGAUGAGCGAGGCGUUCUUUGAGCGCGUUGUUGGGGCGGCGGAGGGCGGCGGCGAGAAGACGGUUGAGGGGAAGAUCUUCGAGACGCUCGUCGGGCAGGCGUGGGCGCUGUUUCCGGGCUACUGCGACCUGCCGGUGGAUCUGUGUGAGGCAUUCGACCAGCCCUUCGCCGAGCUGCUCGCAAACGUGCUCUACCAAAAGGUCGAGCUGCGCGCCGACAUCUGCAAGGGCCUGCAAUCGCUCGUCGACACCAACAAGUCCCUCCUCGAGCUUGUCGCCGACGGCGACGACGACCUCGUCGCCCAGCGCCGCGUCUCCAAAGCAGACGCCGCCCGCAACAUCGCCCACCUCGCCUCCUUCUCCUCAAACCUGCUCGCCGUGCUCUUCAACGUCUACAGCACCACGCUCCCGCAGUACCGCGGCUUCAUCCUCAAGUGCCUCAACAGCUUCCUCAGCAUCACGCCGCACGCCGAGCUCAUGGCCACGUUCGCAAAGGUCACCACCAUGCUCGAGGGCGCGCUCGCGGAGGCCGCAGCCCAAGCCGAGAAGCCGAAAGAGAAGCCUGCCCCAGGACAGGACCGAAUGCCGCCGAUGGCACACACGCUGAUGGACCUGGUCAUCGCCAUCACGCCGUACCUCCCCGCCGACAGCCACCACAGCCUCUUCCUCAUCUUCGCCGCCACCGUCACCAACAGCGCCGACCCGCAGCUGCAGAAGAAAGCCUACAAGGUCGUCCCGCGCCUCGCCGAGACCGAGUCCGGCCGCUCCGCACUACAGCACAAGUCCGAAGAGCUGCAGCAGUUCCUCAUCGCCGCCGCCGACAAGGCCACGCCCCCCGCGCGGCGUGACCGCCUCGCGGCCCUCGCCCAGAUCGUCGAGUUCCUCCCAAGCACCGAUAUGCACUUCAUCCCGAGCGUGCUCUCGGAGGUUGUCAUCUCCGCCAAGGAGGUCAACGAGAAGGCGCGCACGGCGGCCUUCGACCUCCUCGUGCUCAUGGGCGAGAAGAUGCGCGCCGGCGGCACGGUGGUGAAUCGCCGUGUUGCACAUAUGCCGGCUGACGCACCGGACGUCCCCGCUACGCUCGACGAGUAUGUCACGAUGAUCUCGGCGGGGCUGGCGGGGUCGACGCCGCACAUGAUCAGUGCGUCCAUCACGGCGCUGACGCGCGUGCUGUACCAGUUCAAGGACGACAUUGGCGCCGCGCUGGUCGGCGAGAUGGUCAGCACGCUGGACCUCUUCCUGACGAGUAAGAAUCGCGAGGUGGUGAGGAGCGUGCUGGGGUUUGUGAAGGUGUGUGUGAUAUCGCUGCCGCGGGAGAUGAUGGUGGAGCGGCUGGCGACGCUGGUGCCGAAUCUGAUGGUGUGGAGCCAUGAGCAUAAGGCGCACUUUAAGGCGAAGGUGAAGCAUAUCAUUGAGCGCAUGAUCCGCCGCUUUGGCUAUGAGACGGUGGAGAGGCAUGUGCCCGAGGAGGACAAGAAGCUGGUCGUCAACAUCAGGAAGACCCGCGACCGCAAGAAGCGCCACAAGGAGGCCGCAGCGGGCAACGACGACGAGGAGGAGGAGAAGAAGCCCGUGUCGAAGAAACGCCAAUCCAAAUUCGCCUCCGAGUUCGAAGAAGCCAUCUACGGCUCCGACAGCGACUCGGCCUCCGACAACGACGCCGACGCCGACUCCGCCGCGGCGCCCCGCGCCACCAACAAGCGCGGCAAGGCCACAAACACAACCUACAUCGUCGAAGACGAGGACGAGCCGCUCGACCUUCUCGACCGCAAGUCGCUCGCGCACAUCUCGUCCACGCGGCCGCAGCGCACGCGCAUCGGCGACCGCAAGAAGCCGCAGCCCAAGACGAACGAGGACGGGAAACUCGUGCUGGGGCUGGACGAUGAGCAGAAUUACGAGAAGGAGGGGGCGGGGGCGGAGAUGGAUGUGGAUGUGGCGGCGGGGAGUGCGGGUGGGGUGGAUGCGUAUGUCCAGGCGAUUACGGGCAAGGAUGCGCCGAAGAGGGGGCAGAGGAAUAGGGUCAAGUUUUCGAAUAGGGGGAGGGGGGAGGAGGAUGAUGAGAUGGAGGAGGAGAGGGAGGUGGAGAAGGGGUAUUCGUCGGGGGGGAAGAAGGGGAAGAAUGGUAGGAAGGGGCUGGGCGUGAAGGGCGUCAAGGAGGGGAGGGUGGCCAAGGGGGGGCAUCGCAGGAGGUAG